AGGAGAGUUUGAUGUGGUAGCUGCCUACCUGGAGGUUUCAUCAAAUGUGCUGAUUGUGUGGGGUGACGAGGAAUUUUUUCAUUGUGAUGGCAGAAUGUUUGGCAUCUCCACUAUGUGUCAAGCUGCAAAUGCAGAGGAGUUUUGCCGGAGGGAAGCCCCGGAGUUCACAAUCGAAGAUUGCGCAAAGGAAGCAUUCCUAUGGAAAUUGCAAAACUGUUCCAUUUCCAAUGUGGAAGACGUGUGACUUCACUCCUCCUGGCUUCUCAAAUUCGAAAGUUAGUCCCUUUUCUGGAGAGGCUGGUUUGAAAUGUAGUUGCUUGGGGACUUUGAUAGGCUCUGAUGGUGCAACCGCCUCUGAUUGGGUUCCUAUUGUUGAUCAAGUGCUUUUGACAGCCAGUGUGUUUCUCACAUAUAUGGCUGGAGUAAUUCCUGGUUACAACUCUAGUCCACCUUUUCAGAAGAAUAUCAACGACAAUGCAGUUCCAAAGGCUUCAAACGCUUCUGUGCAAGAAAGAACAAUGAUCCAGAUUCAGGUUAUCCCAUUGAUGCAGUGAAAAAGAAACUUUCAGAUUCUUUAGAAGCACUUGAACUAGGAGACAAUCUGGGAAAUCGGGUCCUUGAACCUGAAGGGUAUUAUGCUAAGAGACCUUUAAGUUUGAAUGCUAUUGCUGAUGGUCCCCGACUACGAUUGCUAUGGACAUCAUUGCAGCGAAUUGAGGAAGAG